GCGUUAAGUCCUGAUGAUCAACAGCCUCAAACGCACUUUGAUGCCCGAAUGUGUCCGUUUUCUAGUGUCCAGGACACAAAGAAUGCCGCCGUCGGAUACGCUUUACUUGCGACUGUAUCGCGGUGAGGUUUAUUUUGAGACCGAAAAUGGUUUUAGUUUCCAGCUUGACUGCAGAGAGACACCGGAAAGACAUUUGUUUGCAGAAAGCGCGUGGCUCUGCAGCACAGUUUCAGCCAGAGACUUCAAUCAAAGUGGUAAAGUCUCUGGGUCGUUGACCAGAAGAUCAGGGUUCAAGCCCCAACACCACCAAGCUGCCACAAUUGUGCCCUUGAGCAAGGCCCCUAGCCCAUCCUGCUCCAGGAGCGCUGCAUCAUUGCUGACCCUGCACUCUGACCCCAACCCCUAAGGAUGGGAUAUGUGAAAAAAGAAUAUCACUGUGCAGUAAUGUAUAUGUGAGAAAUAAAGACAACUUAAAAAAAAAAACCCAAAAAACGUUGAAUCAUAGUUUUCAUGUAGAUUCCAUUUUUGUUUGGUUUUCACAAAUCUGGCAACCCUGAGAGAGCCGAUGAAGUGUGUUUUGUAUGUAAUUCAAGCAUUAACUUUGUCAUCGUUUCUACCGCGUUUAAUAAAAUAUUCCUAUUUACUUGUCCUUACAAAAAUUGGAUAAAACGCAAAUUAAAAGACUCAACACAAUAUAUUUGACACAGAAGACAUGAUAUUUAGUGCUCUUAUAUAGGGAGUGUUGUGCUUUUUGAGACACAGCCAUGGUGUGUGUGUGUGUGUGUGUGUGUGUUGCCCCGGCAAAGCUUCACUGUAAGCCGCCAUCUUGAACUCGCUGUCAACAAUCCGUCCACGAGUGAAGCUUCCUAAUCGCUUAGCGAAGGCUGUCAUUGUCAGUUAUUUUCCUUUACCUAUUAUAUGUCCACAUAUCGCCUAAAAAAGGAGGAUGAAGCGCAUACAUUCACGCUAAUAAACUUGCAAAUAAACAGACGUUCCUUUCCGGUCGCCUCGCGACGUGUUAUGGACAGGAGGUGAAAACUGGAAGCUACAAAUAAGUCACAGCAAAUGUUUCCUUAAAUCACAAGGGCGUGAGAAUGAGGCCUGCUAUGAGUCUGGUCAGAAGUGCAGUCUGGAAGUGCAGACUUGGGGUUAGUCAUGGUGCAUUUCAGACAAUCCCAAAGAGGACAGUGUGCACUGAAACCAGCAACAACAAAUGGAUCAGACCAGCUGGAUAUGAUACUGGCAUAAAGACUUUCAACAGUCUCACCAAACAGAAGGAGCCUCUGGUUUUGGCCCAAGAGGGAAGAGCAACCUGGUACAGUUGUGGACCCACAGUGUAUGAUCAUGCCCAUCUUGGUCAUGCAUGCUCCUACGUCAGAUUUGACAUCCUGCAGAGAAUUUUAAGCAGGAUAUUCGGAAUCAACGUAACUCAUGUCAUGGUUAUCACUGACAUUGAUGAUAAGAUCAUACAGAGGAGCAUUGAGGAGAGGAUCUCACCGCUUGUGCUUGCCAGAAUGCAUGAAGAGGAUUUUAAAAGAGACAUGCUGGCCCUCAAGGUUCUCCCGCCAGCUGUGUAUAUGAGAGUCACAGAACACAUACCUCAGAUUGUAGCUUUUACUGAAGGCAUCAUCAGAAACGGCCAUGCCUACACCACAAGCCAAGGGGACGUCUACUUUGAUACCCAGUCCAUCGGCAGUCGUUAUGGCAAGCUUGCGAACAUGGGGAAUGCUUCUGGGGAAUCAGGGAGCAAGGAUAAAAGGGAUCCCCGGGACUUUGCUCUGUGGAAAGCCUGGAAGCCGCUUGAACCCUUCUGGGAGUCUCCGUGGGGAAGAGGAAGACCUGGCUGGCACAUCGAAUGCUCCACUAUUGCCAGCUCUGUGUUUGGGAGCCAGUUGGACAUCCACUCAGGAGGGAUCGACCUGGCCUUUCCUCACCAUGAGAAUGAAAUUGCUCAGUGUGAAGCCUACCACAAGUGUGACCAGUGGGGGAACUACUUCCUACACUCAGGUCACCUUCAUUUGAAAGGCAGCGCAGAGAAGAUGUCCAAAUCCUUGAAGAAUUAUAUUACAAUAAAGGAAUUCUUACAGUCCUAUACUGCCAAUGAGUUUAGGCUAUUUUGCCUCUUAACCAAGUACAGAUCAGCAAUUGACUACAGUGAUGCCAGCAUGAACGAAGCUCGCUCUACGCUCUCGUCCAUCUCAGAUUUCAUCCAUAAUGCCCAGGCCUACAUGCAGGGUCACCUGCAGUGCCAAGAUAUACAAGAAAGCUUUUUAUGGGAACGGUUAUCAGUCACACAGGCCACCGUGCGAGCUGUACUUGCAGAUGACUUUGACACGCCAAAGGCAAUGGACGCCAUCAUGAACCUCAUUCAUCAAGGAAACUGUCAGCUUCAGCCUGUUACCAAGGUUGACGGCAGCUCUAGGUGUCCAGCAGUGUUUGGGGCGAUGCUUUCUUACAUCAGGGAUAUCCUGGAUACCCUUGGAGUUGACCUGCUGGAUGAAAAGGAGUCACCCAGUUCGGAAUCAUCCGGUAUUUUACACAAUGUAGUGGAGCAGCUGGUGCGCUUCCGUAGCGAGGUUCGAAACUUUGCUCUUUCUGUGGAGGAUGAAGCAUCUCGGGACCAUCAUAGCAGCAAAAUGCCACAGAGAAAGAGACCACAGCCAGAUAGAUUACCUUUACUGAAGGCCUGUGAUGCCCUUCGCGAUGAUCUAAUGCCCUUGGGAGUUCAGAUUAAGGACAGAGGUACCAACUCCACUUGGGAAAUCAAACAACAACAGAAGAGGAAUCGAGACAACGAAAGCUAGACUCCACCUCAGCCCAGUAUGGAGAACUGGAUCAGUAUUUUUGUUAACUGUUCGUGAGAAGUUGAAUGUGUUUUGCGUGCUUCCCCUGAGCCAACUACUGACUUUUACUGAAUUAUCAUCUGUGAUGAUGCUAUAAAUUUCCAACAUUAUUUGAAUCACAAAUCAUCUGAUGUCUCAUCUGUAGUAUAAAAGCAGUUAUGCACACUGUGUUCCAUGCAGCCAUCUUGAGAAUAAAUUGCUUUUGUCUGUUUUAAAUCCA